GGUACGUGGAGGGGUUUGGCUAGAUGGGCGCGAUGUGAAGAAAACCAUUUGAACGAAAAAAUGGCGGAAAAAUAUUUGGAAGCUGGGCAAGACUGUUGCGGAAGUGUCGCCGUUGCUGACACCCAGGAUGAGAUGUCAGAUGCAGUGGAAGGACGUUCAGAGACAGGCAAACAAGAAAUGCAGGCAGAAAACACAGAGGGAACUUCAUAUCCCACUGUCAGCCCCGCUGCACGGAGGAAAUCCUGGAGGAGAGCAACCAUAACCCGACGCUCUCUCCCUGUCAUCCUCAACCCAUAUCGGGUUUUGUGCAGGAGCAUAAGUACAUCCUUGUCACAACAAGAGAGGCUGGAGAAAUUGAUGGAGGCUUCAAUGAAGCUGGUAAUAGAACGAACUCAAAAUUUGCUGCAGUCGGUGCCAAACACCUCACUGGAGUCUUUUCAGAAACAAGUGGAGCAAAUGCAGAAAGAGUGGGGUUGUCUGGCCAAAGGCCUGCGCAGUAAACCACAGGGUCAUCAACUCCCUGCUAGUGCAGCCAGUUCUAGUGACCCUGCAGUGCAAAAAGCCAUGGAGAAAGUCCAGAAAGCCAUCAACAGGCUCCAGGCUGAAAGUGAGUCUUGGGAUGUACUGUUGAACAAACACAGGAGUAAAGCAGAGGAAUUGCAAAGGAAAGUGGAACAGGGCCAGGAGAGAGGCGUAUCAUUAGACUCUACAUCUGUGGCCCAGUCCUCACAGUACCAUUUCAUACAGAAUAAACCGGACUACCAGAGUGUCCUCUGUAGACAACAGCCCAUGCUUCAUACCAUGGAAAUGAUUAUGGGCACUCAGUGUAAGAUGGUUAGAGAGCUUCUGUCCAUCAAGGAGCAGUCGCAGUUAUUGGUGAAAGAGACCAGUGGCCGACUGGCGGCAGAGGCAGGAUUCCAGGAUCUUUCACCUGACCUCAUCAGGAACCUUAUGGCAGCACCUUUAUCCUCCGCACGUACAUAGUCACUCUGGCAUGAGAUAAGCAUAAGCAAUCAAUUUUCUAAUGGACCGUGCCCUUUGUAUGACUUAUAGAUGAAGCUCAUGUGUGUAUACUUUCUGGUAAUUUUUCUAUGAUGUGAUUUGACAACAUUUAAUUUCUUCUCUCUAUCUUUGUUGUCUCAUUUUAUAACUUAAAGUAAGCUCUAAUGUUGUGUUUAAUGUAAAUGUAAUGUUUUCUGUGUCAAGUAAACCAUUUCUGUCAGUUCAGGUAAUCCAUGUGGUUGACCAGCAGGUGGCAGUAGCUGGCAAUAAAAAAUUAUUGCGAAUGGCCAGACUGAAAUUUUUUUGUCUAGCCUUUAGUGCAUUCUCACCUGUAAAACCUGAAACAGUUGAGACCAGAUUGCCGUUAGAACAUAAGUAACAGAAAUGUUUUAGAAGACUUUGGGGAACAUCCUGCAAAACAAUGUUAUUGGUCAUUUUUCAUAAAAACACUUUAGAGUGGUUAUUACGCUGUCUUAUAAAGACUGAUUUGUCUUUAUAAAAUUGACUGUUUAAAAUUUGAGUCAUGGGAUGUGGUGACAUUUUUAAUUGGGUUGAUUACUUCAAUGUUAUAAAUGUCCUCAAAAGUCCCUAUAGAGUAACAUAACUGUAUUACUGUAUAUAUGGUGUCAUUUUUAAAAAGUUAUUAAACCUGUGAAGAAAUGUGACAUUUUUUUCAGUUGGAUUCGAUUUGUACAACAGAGGAAAGCAAUAACAAUAAAAAUGAUGAAGCUGUGAGCAAAACAAAUAGUUUAAAUACAGAAGGAUUCUGUUCUGUA